AUGACCAGAGUGACCAAACUGCAGGUCUCUCAAGUGCAGCGCAGGAUGAAGAAAGAGUCGGAAGUGAAUCCUGAGCUCCGACUGGAACGUUGGGACAUUUAUUAUCACUUGACAAAUAGCUGUGCGUCAUCUCACCCUCGCUCCAGAUGGGAAGAAGGUGGAGAAAAUCAUGACUCGCUACACCGUCGUGGGAUCCGACGACGAAGAUUGGCUGAGAGAUUAUGUGUCAUACGACUUAAACUAUGUCACAUUCGACAUGCGCCCCUUCACACCACAGAGUCCAUGACAGGGCGGGACCACUCCAGCUCUGGGCCACCAUCGACCGUGACCUGGCCCACAGCAGAGACAGUAAUUCAGCAGUUGACUUGA